AUGGAAGUGCUAGGCAUACAUACAUCCCCAUUGGAAAAGAAAAUGCUAAAGUUCAAUUUCAAUGACACAUUAAUAAGCAGCAUUGAUCAUAACAAUGACGGCAUCACAACGUUAUGUGAUAUUGAUGAUGAUGAUAAGGAAGAAGAAGAAGAUGAUGAUGAUGGUGAUUAUCUUUUAAAAUAUAAACUGGAAAAUGUGCUGAGUGAAAAGUUAAUCGAGAUAAAAAAUGAAGAUGAUGAAGAAGGGGAAGAUAGUAUAAGUAAUAUCAUCAACAAAUACUCUUUAAAACUUUCAAAAAACAAAGAAAAUGUCGAUGAUGUCAAAUUAGAAUCGCUGUCAUCAUUCUCGCUUUUGCAAAGGUUAGAAACUACUACACCAUCAUCAUUGUCGUCACAACCGUCAUCAUCUCAUCGGCAUCUCGGAUGUACUGAUGAAAAAAUAACGCCACCACCGUCGUCGUCAUUAUCAUCACUGCUAUCGUCUGAGGUGGAUGGGGGCUUGCUGAAAUUUGACCACCUGGAUCUGAGAAGAAUCACACUAUCAUCAUUUGAAACAAAUACUCCUCAGUUGCCCUCUCGAACUUUAUCACAAUUCAAAAAAUCAUCUCUGGCAUCUGUCGUUGGCCAAAGUUUCACUGAAAAUGUUGAUGGUGAUUUUAUUGAUGAUAAUGUAACUACUGCUACUGCUGCUACUACUGCUACUACUACUGCUGCUGCUUCUUCUCAUGGCUCUCAUGUUGCAAAGCUUAUUGAAGAUUAUAAGCAUGGUUUAAUUAAUGAAAGCAUUAAUGUAAAUAGAAAAAGUAGUGGUGAUGAUAUUUCAAUUGGUAACACCAACAAAACAUCGCUAGCAUCAUCAUUGCUCGGUUCUAGACAAAAUAUUUCUUCAAAUCAUGACCAGCUUAAACAGCAUAAUAACUUUGAUAGCAUGCCAAGCAAAGAUAACAGUGUGCCUAUCCAUAAUCAAUUCAACAACGCUAACAAAUCCAACAACACUAAUUCACGUUUAUCACCUUCAAAAAUGUCCACAACACAACAAAAACAACAAUUUGACAUCAAUCCCAGUACAGAAACAUCGUUGAACAUCAACAGCAAUAUCCUACUUAAUAUCAACAACAACAACAACGACGAUAACAUCAUCAUCAUCAACAACGGUGACGUCAUAAUCAACAGUCAUGAUCAUCUCACUCAACCGCCACCAUCGUCGUCAGCGGAUAUCCUCACAGAUAUUAUGAAAGGGCUAAACAUGCAGGCCGUUGACAACAACAUAUUUCUGGAAGAAUUCAACAACACCCUACCCGUUGAUUUUAACGAUUCUUUCAACAACAGUUUCAACAACAACAAUGAUAAUAAUGAUAAUAAUAAUAAUAAUAGAAAUGAUGAUGAUAAUAUUCUAGCAAAUUUUCGCAGAUUUUCCAGAAAAUUCCAGAUUGACUCGUCGUCUGAUAACAUUUUUGAUACUUCUAGUACAAAUAUAGAUGCUAUUGGUGCGCCUUCGCACUCCACAGCAUCGCUACCUUCAUCUUUAAUCGCAUCAUCAUCAGCACUCUUCAAGAGUGAAGAAAAGAGUGAUAAUGAUGGUGAUGAGGAUGAUGAAUGCAGUCUCAUUAAUUUAGAUGAUUUCGACGAUUUCAACUUAUUAUCCACAGCACCUCCUGCUUCCAACUCGAAUAACGAUUCCUUGCUUUAA